CGUCAAAUAAUUUUCGACAUAUAUGUACUAUUUUUAUAUUAAAUGUAAACAGCGAUAAAUAGUUAUAUAAAUAUAGCUAAAUGAUGUCAGAAAGCAGGAUAAAUAAUCAGGACCUAAGCACUUUUUGCGCCGUGAAAACAAUGUGCGGGCUAAGUUUAGCUCAAGGCGUGUCCAUUAUAGGCUGGUCGUCGGUGGUGAUGUCAAGCGUAAUGCUGGUGAUAUGUGUAAUAUAUUUGCUUGUCCACUUUGAUCGUGUCAUGUUGGACCCAAUCAUGGGCAUAAUGACUAUCAGUACCAUGACCAUAACUUGCUUGUCAUCAUACCAGAUCGUUAUAAGUACUCUGAUGAUAUGGCAGAAAAGCCAGAAACAACCAAAAAUAUUCUUUUUCUCCAUAUGGUUUGUGUCCCACUUGUCGAUAAUAACUUUGUAUGCCAUGAUGGCCCUGGCUAUUGUGGUGAUUCACAUGGCGAACAACAGCUUGGCCAUGGGUUUAUUAUACUUGUUCUACAGUUGCGCAUACCUAGGCACGUUAAUUUAUUUCGAAGUUGUGAUGAACAGUUAUCUAAACUCUGUGUUGAUACCGAAACCUUUUCCGGAGAUGAGCAGCCGACAACUUUCGUUACAAAAUUAAUUUUCCAUUUUAAGUUUUUUUUUAAAUUAAAAGCAAGUACAUACGCAGCCAUGUAAAUAAUGUUAUUAAUUUUAGCUGCAUAGAAGAAUACCAAGAUGACCUUGAUCGGCUUUUUCAAUUUGAGUAGGAAGAGGAACAACUUGUUCAUGGUUAUUUAAUGUUUCUCUUAUGAAUUUACAUGUAUUUUGUAACAGUGUUCGUUUACAUUUUUAAUAAUCUGCUUUACAAUACUAUCAACGGGAUUUGUAAAUAAAUUUACAUCUUUUCUA